AUCCACUAAUUUUGGUGGGUUGAAUUGAAUGAAUAAAAAUAGGAAGUAGUAGUUGAAUGAAACUGAAGCAAAGGAGUACGAAUAAGACGGUGGAAUGGCGUACGUGUCAGACCGCUUUUUCCCACCAAAUUGUUCCUUCCCAUCCCGACCAGAGGAAAAAAAUAUCAAUCAUAAUGUGUUGCUUUAUAAUUUAGAAAAAAUGGUUUCGGUGAAUCAAUGGAAUAUUAGCCGCUCGGUGAUACAAAUUGCGUCAGCGUUCCACCAAUUUUCUUAUCGUGUGGGAGUGGGAGUGAGAUUUUUCUCGACCGUAAAAAUCAGUGAUGAGAAGGUUUCGAAUAAGCCACCAAUAUGCACCGCCGACGAGCUCCAUUACGUUUCCCUUAAUACUUGUGAUUGGAGACUUGCUCUCUGGCGCUACCUUCCUCCUUCUCAGGCUCCAAGGAGAAAUCAUCCUCUUAUUCUCUUGUCUGGCAUAGGGACUAAUGCUAUUGGAUAUGAUCUUUCAACUCAGUCAUCAUUUGCUCGGUACAUGUGUAAUCAAGGAUUUGAUACUUGGAUUCUUGAAUUCCGUGGAACUGGGUUGAGCGUGCUGGAAUCAGAUUCCAGAAACAUUGACAAGUCUGCAUACACAGCAUCUAAGCAGAUGGAAAAUGCCAAUGAAAGAGGUCUUUCUGCAGCACAGCGGUCCACAAAUGUCCAGGGUGCUUCAGAAAAGCACCAUGCAGCCUUGGUCCAUGAAGAACCCACUGUGGUUUCAACAAUAUGGGAUGAGUCAAGACUGGUGACCAAACUUACAGAAACUUUUAUUCGCUUGUCAGAGAGAGUCUCUGGCUUUGUCAGUGGAAGUCGGUCGAAGAUUGUCUUUGCUAAACUUGUUCAUCGAAUAUCAAAACAAUUGGAAGAUUCUUUCCUUUACAAACGGGUCAACACAAUAAGGAAGAAAUUGUUAAGUCUGCUAGAGAUGAGGGAGAACUCAGUUAUCAUCGCUAGCCAAGUUGGGGCACUGAGCAAGAAGCUAGUAAAUAUCUUUGAAGAAGGUCAUCGUUCUGUUUCAUCCCCAUUAUUUGAUCUGCAACAACGUCUAACAACUACAAUGGGAGAUUUUCAGGAACAGCUUGACUUAAUCCUUAAGUAUGAUUGGGACUUUGAUACUUACCUGGAAGAGGAUGUCCCUGCUGCGAUGGAAUAUAUAAAGGCCCAGACUAGACCAAAGGACGACAAACUACUCGCAAUCGGACAUUCCAUGGGAGGAAUAUUACUGUAUGCCAGGCUAUCACGCUGUGGUUUGGAAGGAAGAGAGCCUGGAUUAGCUGCUAUUGUUACUUUGGCUUCAUCACUUGAUUACACAUCAUCUAAGUCCGUACUCAAACUGCUUGUACCCCUUGCUGAUCCUGCUCAGGUUCUCAAUGUUCCCGUCAUUCCUCUAGGGACAUUACUGGCUGCUGCAUAUCCUCUUACAUCUCACGCUCCUUAUGCCUUGGCUUGGCUUAAUGAAAUGAUAUCUGCCACAGACAUGAUGCAUCCAGACCAGCUGGAAAAACUUGUACGGAACAGCUUUUGUAAUAUUCCUGCUAAACUUCUUUUGCAGAUGACUACGGCUUUUCAAGAGCGAGGGCUCUGUGAUAGAAGUGGUAAAAUUUUCUACAAGGAUCACCUUCACAAAAGUAGUGUACCUGUCUUGGCUCUUGCAGGAGAUCUAGACCAAAUAUGCCCGCCGGAAGCUGUAUACGCAGAAACAGUCAAGCUUAUCCCUGAGAACUUAUUGAACUACAAAGUAUUUGGCGAUGCUGAUGGUCCACAUUAUGCUCAUUAUGACUUGGUGGGAGGACACAUGGCCGCAGAACAGUUGUAUCCUUGCAUGGUCCAAUUUUUAAGCCGAUAUGAUGGGACCAUUUAGGAGGUGGAUAUGCUUUGACAAUCAUGCUUCAGACACUGAGCUUCAUAUCAGUUGGCAUAUCAUCGAUGCAUCUCAUGCUUCUUUAUCAUCACUACUUGUUUCCGAUGAUGCUAUAAACAAGGGAAAUUGUGAAUACCCGAAAGCUGAGGAGAGCUCAUGCACAGGAAGGAAUUUGGCAGAUAUGGUUUGUGUCAACCUUGUUUGUAAUAUCAUCCUUUUUGGUUGCUUUUCACCGGACUUUCAACAGGCGUUUGUAAGAACUGAACUCACAAACAUCAAAAUUGGAUUUGUUGUUUGUGUUUGCUUAUACUUAAUUAGAAUAAGCAAUUGUCUUAGGCGUUUGUAAGUUAGAAUAAGCAAUUGUUUGAAAUGGAUUAUGUUAAUCAAUUGUGUUAAGCGUUUGUAAAUUAGAAUUUUAUGUGUUUACUUAUACUAAUAAUUUCCAAUUUUAAGUUGCUCCAA